AUGGCCAUCGGUAGGCUCCAGGCUGCGCUAGCGUCUGCAACAAACGAAGUAACAGUGGCGGCGGCAAACAUCAACUUUGAUUUUACUCUUAUCAAAUGCGAAGCACCGAAGGAGUACCAAGCGCUCGGAAAUGUGCUGUCUAAAAAGCGCAAAGAGAACGCCGAAUUUGGCUCAAGUCAUGUGCUAGCGAGACAACUUGGUGCCCUUUUCGACGGCGUCUGCCCUUCAGCCCCUGCCUUGUUGGAAGCAUACGGCAAAAGAGCAUCGGAAAUCGCAAACAUCGCAAAAGAGAAAUCAGAGCCUUUCGUGGGCACACUCUUCGGGGAAUACACAGGAAUAGACGGGACCUCGAUUUGGGCCGCUGCUACAUCUUCGACAUGUGCUCUACACAUUCACCUCCUAGCUUGUCUUCUCGCUCGUGUGUGGACGACCCCGGAAGCUGUCGCUAUAUGGGUCGAGCUAGUUUUGGAGAGGAAGAAAAGUAUUGCCCGCAAGGUUGAUGAAGGCGAACCAGUCCCGUUCGCACUUGCAGCGGCAGUCGGACAAGACAUAUCCCGGCCUCAGCUUGCCUCGCUGGAUGCAAGUGCCAGAUCAUGGCUAAAGACUGCCGACGACAUUUUCUACCGGAAACAAACGCAACUCGACUUGAUACUCAAAAAUCUUGACCUGCCCAUAGCUGGUGGCUCAGCCGUCUCUUCGGGCGUUAUCGAGACUUGGAAGAUAGCACUUGAAACCAUGAACAAGCUUGUUUCAGGUGAGCCUCAGGCAGUUCAGAAUGGUGCCGCCCUCUUGGGUCUAUCAGCGUGGCAUGUGUACCCGGAUAUGAGUUUGUAUAACUCUGCGCCCAUCGAUAUUAGAAUGGAAGAUCCAUGCGUCACCAAAGGGGGAAUAUUGUCACUGGGCGUAUCGAGACGGCCGAUUUCAUCAAAUGAAGAUGGUGGUGUACGCUGGUCCUUAUCUCUAUCUCAUUUACGCCACUAUGGCCGACCGGUCGAUGUUACAAGGGGUCUAGAAGCUGACGCAAGAUUGACAUGGUCUCAGUUCAAGCUUGUUGUAUUUGCGGCCUUGCUCGAACGAUGGAGAUUACAAGAAACUUAUGGCGAAACAUUUGCUCGUCAUUUUCCAUCUUUGAGUCAGUAU